AUGGCUCUGACUCUGCGCCAGAGAGCUGCUUCCGAUCCAACAGAGUCGCUGAAGCAGGCGUUGAAGACCUUUGAAACUGUCCUCAGCGAUGACCGAAGGCAGCUUUAUCAACAGGCUUGUGCCAAACCGGACGUGACAAGCGUGGUCGCCUUCGUGACUCGACUCGACGAGGACAACAGCGGUCGAGCGAGGCGAUGUUUCGCGCCUCGACUUUUGACCUUCCUCAAUGCCACCCGUCAGUUCAGCGAUGCGGUCGACACAUUCGUCUCCUCCCAUCCCCAGCUCGCUGCGCUGGUCUGGGGCGGCGUCAAAACCGCCAUUUUGGUUGCAAGCAACGUCGCGUCAUAUUUUGAGAAGAUUACUGGCUUGAUCAUGCACAUUGGCCGCUUCUGCCCUGUCUACGAUGAUUUUGGCUCGCUGUAUCCAGGUGCAGCGGGCUUGCAGGCAGCCCUUUGCGGAUUCUACGCGACUAUCAUCGAACUCUGCACGAAAAUUAUUCUAGGCUCUCAGAAGACCUUGUGGCAACAGUUUCUAUCACCCAUUGCCAACCCAUUUGAAUCCGAGUUCAGGCCGUUCCUUGACCGCCUGGAACAGGACCGCAGAGAGGUGGAACUGCAGAUCCAGCUGGCCUCUCAACAGGCGGAUCGAGAGACAGCCAGACUCUUAGAAUUGGACCGACGAAGGAGUUCGCUAAACUGGAAAUCCGCAUUUAAGUAUCAUAAAGAAGGAAGGGAAGAGCGAGACCGAGCAGCGCUGUGGCGUGAGCGACAAAAGGCACGAGAGGAAGUCAAGACCAGGUCUUCCAUACGAAGUAAUCUGUCACCGAUCGAUCACGACAAAGCAUGGAAGCAAGCUUUACGACAACGCGUCUCCAGUACGGCCGAGUGGUUUGCGACAGAGCCUGACUUCGUGCGCUGGAAACGCGCGCAGCGAACCUCGAUUUUUUGGUGCAUAGGCAACCUUGGAACAGGCAAGUCAAUUCUUGUCUCCAAUAUCAUUGCACACUUCUCAACGAACUCCACGCCAUCAACAGUUGUGGCGCAUUUCUUCUGUCGCUUUGAUGAUGCACAAACCACCAAAGCCAGGAAUAUCCUGGGCAGUGUCUCCUGCCAGAUACUUAGCACCUAUAUCGAAUCCACCAAGGGUGACUCUUUGGAUACCCUACUCGCUGAGACGUGCGAUUUGGACCUAGACGGCGUUACAAAGUUUCUCGCUACCCGGCUCAACCCAGACAAAACCUACUACAUUGUCCUAGAUGGAUUAGAUGAAUGCGAGCCUUUUGAGAGAGAAAGCCUCGUAAGAGCGAUUGCGGAACUGAUUGAGGAGCCUCGAACUACACUCAAGAUACUUUGUGCUGCACGACCAGACACCGAAAAUGAGAUAGCAAGAUUUCUUCCCUCCAACUUCAGACUAACAUUGACCUCGGAGAAAACGGACUGCGACAUCGUCAAAUACAUCGAUGCAGCCCUUGAUGAACAACUAGAAGCUGGUCGGCUUAAGCUAGGCGACCCUGCACUGAUUGUGACCAUAGCAGAAGCUCUGCAGAAAGGGUCACGAGGAAUGUUCCUUUGGACUCGAUUGAUGAUUGAUGAGAUUUGCGAACAAACAAAUGACAACGCUAUCAGGCGUGCCCUUGAGGAUCUUCCACUACAGCUUUCAGACAUCUUUGACCGGAAGCUUUCCCGUAUCGCUCAAUCAACUCGCUCUAAACUCUGUACCAAGCUGCUUCAAUUCUGUGGUGUGACAAAAAGACCGUUGAAUCUGGAAGAGUUUCGGGAACUUCUCGGUAUCGAGGUUGGCCAAGUAACUUUGGACAGGGGCAAUCUUCCCAACGAUAUCGCGGGCGUUGUCGCCAGUUGUCACGGAUUGGUCUACGCCGAUGAGGAGCAUUUCACAGUCCAUUAUGUCCACUACAGUGUGGAACAACACCUUUUUGAAUCUCCAAAUCCACGAUCUGCCGACUUCGAUCGCGCCGCCAUUGAUACACAUGUCGGGGUCUUGUGUAUGACAUAUCUCAACUUCAAAGAACUCAGCGCCCAGGUGGACAAGGUUGGAAAGUCGAUUCCCAUUGACCCGGUUUUGAUGGGACGGAUUGCAUUCGACGCAAAGUCAGACCUCACCAGCCGACUUGCACAGCAGAUCCUCAGCAGAAACAAAGCGCUGUCAUCUAUGAGUUCGAAAGAUCUAAAACGGGGCAUUCAAGGCAUCGUCGGCACAAGGGAACCAUCUAAGGGGCAACAACAUUUCCAUCUCCUUCCAUAUGCUAAACAAAACUGGAUCCAUCAUUUCCGGCACCUGGAACGAUUCGAGAGAAAGGAGGAUGAGAAACUUUUCUUCAAGUGUGUCACUGGGGAUGUUCGUGAGGCUAACCGCCCAUGGCAAACGGACCCGGAUGAGAGGACAGACUCAAAAUUGGUGUCCCUGUGGGAAGAUAUUGGCCCGCUCUUCUUAUGGGCGACGUCCCAGAGUCAUGUGGCGCUAGUAUCGACAGCGAUCGAUCGAUACCCGCACGCAUUCUGGCGUAAAGUGGAAUUCGCGAGCGAUGAACGUUCGAAGGCGGCUCUGGAAAUCAUCGCCAACAACCCCCUCCUAUUCGACCCCAAGACUUUAGGUUACGCACUCAUGGUGGUCAUAGAUAAGGGUCUCACGGAGCUCAUAGAGCCGUACCUCAAUACAAACCUCGAUAUCCAGUACCUCAAGACAAACCUCGAUAUUCAGUCCCUCCGGACACCGGGCCAUGGAGCAUAUCCAAUAGGUCCCUUGGAACUCGCAGCUACCAAAGGCUCAAUCGAAACAGUCAACCUUCUCCUUGCCCAUGACAAAGAAUUGGUUUUGGGUCCAAUAAGUUGUCCAUUAGGCGAAGAUGCACUCACGACAGCAGCCAGGUGGGGCCACAAGGAGGUGGUCCAGAGGCUUCUACAAGCAUAUGUCGACCUUGAAACCGUCCCUGAUCAGCCCACAGCUCUUUCUGCAGUCUAUGCAGCCAGAAACAAUGGAUUCACGGAGAUCAUGGAACUGCUCUUGGGGAAACCGCGCGACACCGAAGUCACUCGGUACAUCAGGGACGUCUGUGUCUCGGACAUAACAUAACAACUGUCGCCAUGAGCCAGCGAAGCAAGGCACGGAAAAAAGGAGAGCUGGACUAGCCCAUGGUCUUCCCGGAGAGGGCGUCGCAUGUAG